AUGGACGGCCUUGUGAUUAGUGGAGAAAAAAAGGUGAGGGCGGAGCGGCCGACGAAAAAAAGGAAGCGGUCGAGUAGUUCCUCGUCCUCAGCCUCUUCCUCCAGUUCUUCCAGUUCAUCGAGCAGCGCAAGUUCCUCGGAAAGUUCAUCCGACCAAGACGAGGACAGCGACAGCGGCGCAAACUCGUCCACAAAGAAGAAGAAAAAAAAGCAGUCCGAACAAGAAGUGGACGAAGCCAAGAAGCCGGAUAAAAAGGCAAAAAAGAAGGAUAAGAAAAAAUCGAAAAAGAAAAAGAAAAAAACGCGGAAGGAGAGUGACAAGAAGAAAAAAGACAAAAAGAAGAAAAAACAAAAGAAAAAGAGCAAACAGAGCAGCGCCGCGGCCGCCCCGGCGGCAGGAGAUCAGUACGGCAAGUACGGCAUUCUGACGGAAGACAACUUUUUUACGAAGCAGGACGAGUUUCAGGUGUGGCUCCUUGAGGUGCGACACAGUUCCCUCGAGCACACCAACAAACGCGAACAGAAAGAACUGGAGGCCGCGUUCAUGGAAGACUACAACACCUGCACAAUGCCCUCCGUGAAAUACUACGACCUUCAGGCCUGGGAACGAAACGCCGCCAGACAGAAAAACCUGUUCUCCAACAUGCACAACGCAGGACAGGUGAAAAACUUGAUGCUUUAUAUACGGUUUUUUCUUUUUGACUUCAGUGUGGGUGUGCAUUCGUCUUUGGAGUUCCAUACCAAUUUCAUUUGUUUCCAUACCUGCAAAAAUAAAUAGAAGCAAAUAUUACGUCGUGUUGGAUGAAAAUGAAUUUUCGAUCAUUACAGCUGAGCAUGCUGGCCAACGACGAGCAGGACAAGCGGGAAAGAUUAAAGCGUCAAAAGGAGGAUGUACAGCGCGACAAGGAUCACAAGGCCCUGAACCGCUUCCGCGACACCGCCCGCGAGCAGCUGCUGGACAUGAAGCAUCAGGAAAAAUUGGUCGAGCAAAUGAAAUUGUUCAACAAGGCCGGGAAUUACGAGGAGGCUGCCAAAAUCAAAGCCCGCAUCGAGCCGAAGAAGAACCGCCAAGGCGGGGGAGGUGGUGGCCAAGAGGGCGAGAAGCCGAAAGGAAACCCGGCGAAAUACACAAAUCGGGAUUAAGGAACAUUAUCUAUUUUGUAGCAACAGCUACGACAGCGACAGACACAUUCUACAUAAGCUGCUACUGCUAGCGACAUGGACAGUUGUCGCGCAUGCAAUUUGUGCCCGUCGCUGUAGAUUUUGCACUAGCAGCAAAUAAUUGCACCACGUGCCUUCCUGUUCGCUUUGUUUCAUGUACGAGAAAGGAUAAG